GCCACAUGACGGCCCCAGUGGUAAUUUCACAUAAUAUCACCACUCUCAAAAAGCCCUAAAUACUCUCCCAAUUUCGCAUUUUCUUGAUUGACCGAACACUUUCUUCAUUAUCGGUCCAUUAAUCGCUUCACUGGUGUUCUCGGGGGGACGGCAUGUCUAAACGGGUCCAAUGCAAAUUCUUUGCUCAUGGGGCAUGUCUAAAAGGGGAGCACUGUGAGUUCGCCCAUGAUCGGAAAGCUCAACCUAACAAUAUAUGUACCUUCUAUCAAAAAGGAGCUUGUGCUUAUGGCAGCCGGUGCAGAUACGAACACGUCAAAGCUUCUAGGCCUUCAUCAGAUGCUCAAGAUAAUACCAGUCCUGGUUGUUCAUCUUUUGCUGGACCAUUUUACUCACCCACCAUUCCUGCAUGGAAUGCCCAAUCCAGAACUGGAAAUGCUCUCGAUAGUUAUAAUCACGAUCUUGAUUACUCCAGCAACCUUGACCCAUUAGAUCAGCCUAUGUGUUCUUUUGCUGCUGCUGGAAACUGCCCGCGUGGCGAAAAAUGCCCCCACAUUCAUGGGGACUUGUGCCCGAGUUGCGGGAGACUGUGCCUGCACCCCACCAGGCUGCACGAAAGAGAAGAGCACAUAAAAACGUGUGAGAAAAGGCAAAAGCAUCUGGAGGCCCUAACACGCAGUCAAGGAAUAGAGUGUAGCGUGUGCCUCGAGCUCGUCCUGUCGAAACCCACGCCAGCAGAAAGGAAAUUCGGGAUUCUGUCAGAGUGUGAUCACCCUUUCUGUGUUUCGUGCAUAAGGAGCUGGAGAGGUAAUUCGCCGGCCUCUGGCUUGGACAUUAAUUCUGCAUUAAGAGCUUGCCCUAUUUGCCGGAAGCUUUCGUACUUUGUAAUCCCAAGCGUGAUUUGGUAUUUCUCGGAGGAGGAGAAGAGCGGUAUUGUCGAGAGCUACAAGGCAAAGCUGAAGUCUAUUGAUUGCAAGCACUUUGAUUUUGGGAGUGGAUCCUGCCCGUUUGGGACCAGUUGUUUUUACAAGCAUGCAUAUCGUGAUGGUCGUCUUGAGGAAGUUGUUCUUCGCCAUCUUGGGGCUGAAGAUGGAAAUACGGUUAUAGCUAAAGAUAUCAGGCUCUCAGACUUUCUACGUAAUUUGCAGAUUAGGUGAUCCUAAAUAUAAAGAAAAAUUUCAGAUGAUGUAAAAUCUCUUUGGAAGCAUUGUAUUCGAAGAUGUAAUGUUGGCCAUUGUCUGCUAAAAUUGUAUGGCGGUUUAUUAUAGAUUUUACUUUUCCCAACACAUUUUGUGAAAGAAAAACGCGAGACAAUAGAUUUGUAAGUUGCAUUGUAGUCCAAAUUCGAACCCAAAAAAAAAAAAAAAAUA